UUAAGGUAGGAGUAGUUCAAGCAUCCAAGGCUGAAGUGAACAACGCAACAACGCAAGCCUUGUUGUAUAUGGUUUCCAUGAUUCAAUUGGGGCAUUCACCUGUUCUUCCACACCCUAUUGACAAUGAUGCUUAUGAUAGAAUUGUUUUCUGCAUCAGACUUCUCUGCAAUACUGGGGAUGUGACUAGAAAAAUAUGGCUUCAUUCUUUCAAAGAAAGCUUUGUUAACAUGCUUGCAGACAAGCAGUACCGUGAAACUGAGGAGAGGAAGGCAAAGGCCCAGAUUUCUCACUCUCAACCUGAUGAUCUUAUUGACUUCUAUCAUUUGAAGAGCAGAAAGGUUAGUGUGAAUUCAUCUCUGUCAAUAGCUGUUAGGUGGAGUUUAAACAAAUUUACGACAUAAUUUUUUGAUGGCUGAUGAAGAUUCCACAAUAUUACUUCAUCAUCAUAGUUCACCUCAACUUCUAUAUUUGAUUAUACAUAUGAAAUGGCUUUGCAUCUAAAAAUAGUUUGGAGGGAGUAUAUAUAGAAAUACAAAUACAACUGUGUCAAUUUUUUAGACGAGGCACCUCAUGGCUCUUAAAAUAUCGGUACUCCUGGUAGUCAAGCAGGCUUACAAUUCUACAAAUUAGUAAUUUUCUCUUGAACACUACCAGAAACACAACUCCCCUCUCCUCAGAUCUGUGAUUCCAAAAUCAUCAAAAUCAUUUUCAUUUUUAGAUCUCAGUUUCAAUCAGCGUCAUUCAAUCCUUCGACAUCAGAUCUGAGAAAGAGAAAUUGAAAUUAUGGAGAAAAGCUGUACACUUUUGGUGCACUUUGAUAAGGGAACACCAGCAUUAGCAAAUGAGAUCAAGGAAGCAUUGGAAGGAAAUGAUGUGCCUGCGAAAGUGGAGGCAAUGAUGAAGGCUGUGAUGCUUUUACUUAACGGUGAAACGAUACCGCAGUUGUUCAUCACUAUUGUUCGGUACGUUUUACAGUCAGAAGAUCAUACUAUUCAGAAGCUUUUACUGCUUUAUUUGGAAAUCAUUGAUAAGACUGAUAGUCAAGGGAGAGUUCUUCCUGAAAUGAUAUUGAUCUGUCAGAAUCUUAGGAAUAAUCUGCAACAUCCAAAUGAGUAUAUUCGUGGCGUGACACUUAGGUUUUUGUGUCGGUUGAAUGAGAGUGAGAUUAUUGAGCCUUUGAUUCCAUCAGUGUUGAGUAAUUUAGAGCAUAGACAUCCGUACGUAAGGAGGAAUGCUAUACUUGCUGUUAUGGCAAUUUAUAAGCUUCCGCAAGGAGAGCAGCUCAUGGCAGAUGCACCUGAAACGAUUGAGAAAGUGCUCUCCACUGAGCAAGAUCCUUCAGCAAAGAGGAAUGCGUUCCUUAUGCUGUUUACAUGUGCUCAAGAGAAGGCAGUUAGUUAUCUUUUUACCCACAUUGAUAGGAUCUUGGAUUGGGGUGAGCAGCUUCAGAUGGUGGUUUUGGAGUUGAUUCGUAAGGUUUGCCGGACUAAUAAACAUGAGAAGGGGAAGUAUAUUAAGAUCAUAAUAUCUUUGCUUACUGCUCCGUCGACUGCUGUUAUAUAUGAAUGCGCUGGAACUCUGGUAUCUCUUUCGUCUGCUCCUACAGCCAUCAAAGAAGCUGCUGAUACCUACUGUAAGCUGCUGCAGUCUCAAAGUGACUACAAUGUUAAGCUUAUUGUGCUUGACCGGUUGCUUGAGCUGAAGACUUCUCAUAAGGAGAUCAUGGUUGAAAUGAUUAUGGAUAUUCUUCGUGCUCUUUCUAGUCCCAAUCUAGACAUAAGGCGGAAGACGUUGGAUAUCGCCCUUGAAUUAAUUACUCCAAGGAAUGUUGAUGAAGUAGUUCUAAUGCUGAAGAAGGAAGUCGUGAAGACUCAGAGUGUGGAUCUUGAGAAGAAUGGAAAGUAUAGGCAAAUGCUUGUUCAGGCCAUCCAUACAUGUGCAAUGAAAUUCCCUGAGGUUGCUAGCACAGUUGUCCAUGUCCUAAUGGAUUUUCUUGGUGACACAAAUGUUGCUUCAGCUAUGGAUGUUGUGGUCUUUGUGCGGGAGAUUAUUGAAACUAACCCCAAAUUGCGAGUUUCUAUUAUCACAAGGCUUCUAGAUACCUUUUAUCAGAUUCGUGCUGCAAGAGUAUGUUCUUGUGCUCUGUGGAUUAUUGGGGAGUAUUGCCUUUCACUCUCUGAAGUUGAGAGUGGGAUUGCUACCAUCAAACAAUGUCUUGGAGAACUUCCAUUUUACACUGCUGCUGAAGGAGAGGCACAAGAUGCUCCCAAGAGCGAUCAGUUAGCCAGCAGUAUCACUGUCUCUUCUAGAAGGCCUGUGGUCCUUGCAGAUGGCACAUAUGCCACUCAAAGUGCAGCCUUAGAAACUGCUAUGUCUCCCCCCACCUUGGUUCAAGGGUCAUUGGCUACUCAAGGAAAUCUAAGAUCCCUGCUGCUCUCUGGUGACUUUUUCCUUGGCGCUGUUGUUGCCUGCACUUUGACAAAGCUUGUGUUAAGGUUGGAGGAUGUUCAACCAUCCAAGGCUGAAGUGAACAAGGCAACAACACAAGCCUUGUUGUAUAUGGUUUCCAUGAUUCAACUGGGGCAAUCACCAGUUCUUCCACACCCUAUUGACAAUGAUGCUUAUGAUAGGAUUGUUCUCUGCAUCAGACUUCUCUGCAAUACUGGGGAUGUAACUAGAAAAAUAUGGCUUCAUUCUUGCAAAGAAAGCUUUGUUAACAUGCUUGCAGACAAGCAGUACCGUGAAACUGAGGAGAGGAAGGCAAAGGCCCAGAUUUCUCACUCUCAACCUGAUGAUCUUAUUGACUUCUAUCAUUUGAAGAGCAGAAAGGGAAUGAGCCAGUUGGAAUUGGAAGAUGAGGUUCAAGAUGAUCUUAAACGUGCAACUGGAGAAUUUAUUAAGGAUAAUGAUGAUGCAAAUAAACUCAACCGUAUUCUACAGCUCACGGGAUUUAGUGACCCUGUUUAUGCUGAGGCCUAUGUUACUGUUCAUCAUUAUGACAUUGUCCUUGAUGUUACUGUUAUCAAUAGAACAAAGGAAACCUUGCAAAACUUAUGUCUGGAAUUGGCAACCAUGGGUGAUCUUAAACUUGUGGAGCGUCCACAGAAUUAUACUCUUGCACCAGAGUCGAGCAAACAAAUUAAGGCUAACAUUAAGGUCUCUUCAACUGAAACAGGAGUUAUUUUUGGAAAUAUAGUCUAUGAGACUUCAAAUGUGCUUGAACGCAAUGUUGUUGUCCUCAAUGACAUCCACAUUGACAUUAUGGAUUACAUUUCCCCUGCAACCUGUGCUGAUGUUGCAUUCAGAACUAUGUGGGCUGAAUUUGAGUGGGAAAACAAGGUUGCUGUGAACACCAUCAUUCAAGACGAGAAGGAAUUCCUGGACCACAUCAUCAAAUCUACAAACAUGAAGUGCCUUACUCCACCGUCGGCCUUGGAAGGAGAAUGUGGUUUUCUCGCAGCAAACCUGUACGCUAAAAGUGUGUUUGGUGAAGAUGCUUUGGUAAAUGCGAGUAUCGAGAAACAAUCAGAUGGAAAGCUCAGUGGUUACAUUAGAAUAAGGAGUAAAACACAAGGCAUCGCCCUCAGUCUCGGGGAUAAGAUCACUCUCAAACAGAAGGGAGCUGCUUGAUUCAUUGUCAUGUUGCUACGGCAUGAGUAAAUAAACUAUAUAACUAAUUGAGAAGCAACAAAUAAAAUAGAGAUCGAGAUAAUACAUUUUUACUAGUAGUGAGAAUUAGGUAUUGAAGUAGAAGAAAUAAUAAAGGUAGUGUUUGGCAACCUAGAAUUCAUUUGAAAAUAGGGAAUUUAAUUUUAGUAUUCAAAUUCAAUAAUUAUAAAUGACAUUUAUAUAUUUUGAAUUUGUAAAUUUUGAUACUUGAUUGAUUUUGCAUUUUUAUUGGAAUUCUAUUUAGA